AUGAGCAGGCAACUGCAGGUGCGGAGACGCCCACCUCCUCGGCUAAGAACCAAGACAGGCUGCCUUACCUGCCGGAAACGGAAGAAGAAGUGCGAUGAGAGGAGGCCGGAAUGCCAGAUAUGUUCUCGUCUGUCGUUGGCCUGCAUCUGGGACGACAGCCCCCACGAAGAAAGCUGCAACGGAGAGCAGUCUGCAGCUGCUUGCAGAAACGGGGAUGAUGCUCGCCCGACUGCACGGGAGCUGCUGUACCUGGCCGCAACUUACGCGGCACAACCCGCAAAGGCGUUGCGGGCGACCCCAGGACUGCGGAAUGAGAACGAGCAAAAGCUGUUCGUCUAUAUGGCCGAGGAGUAUAUGCCCAUGCUUGUCCGCGAAUACACGGAUCCCACCUUCGCGGACCAAUCACAUGUGCUGACUGUUGCGCUGGGAGAUCCGUGCGUUAUGGACUCUCUGCUUGCGAAUGCUUGCCUCUUUUUGGCGAGUGCAGAUGAAAGCUAUAGCAACAAUGACGCUGCUUUGAAGUUCUACGCCAAGGCUGUGAGGGGGCUUCGACAGAACUUACAAGACCUGCAGGUAACGGAGGCGGAUGACGCUCUCUUGAUUUCAACCACGUUUCUCGGGCUUUAUGAGGAGACAAUAAAUGAUACGUAUUAUCGGCCGUUGUUGCAUUAUGCAACGACUGCCCAAUUACUCAAGCUGCAAGCUCCGGGACUGGCCCAAAACUCGAACUCCAAAACCCGUCAAAUCUUUCUACGAUGCAUUGCGGAGUCGACAGUGUACCACAUCACUACCCGAGCCAUUUUCGAACCCGAAAUCGACCGUCUGAGCAACAUAUUCACUUGGAGUGAAAUAGAGCCUUUCCUGCAAUUACGAGCAGUCGCCGACGCAUCGGAUUGCGCCAAUUCGCCUCUCCUUGGUUCCAUCCCGAAGAUAUAUUAUCUUGUCUUCGAGACAACCCGUCUAACCAGACGUGUUCCGCUCGAGACUCAAGAUAUGAACACGGCCCAAGCGGUUCUUGGGGAAGUCACAAACAUAAAAGCUCAGAUAGAGCAAUCAGUGACACAAACUCCCAGUUCUGAUGGCAUGUCCAGUUGCGAGGUUCAAGAGCAGAGGGAGCCUGAAAAAGAUGAUCAUGUCUCAAAUUUCUGGAUUCUCGCCCUGAAGAUAGCCCUAUUCAAGAUAAUCGACCCAUCGACAACUGUUUCCAACCCAAUGAUCCAAGGGCUGGUGAAGCAAGGCUGCGAUCUUCUUCAAGCGCCUGCAUUUGCCUUUUUCGUGGACGGAGAGAUACAAUUGGAAGCAUUAUGGGAAUUUUGUGAUAUGAUCUGCUGGCCCUUGAUGGUGCUUGGAUGCGCCGCACUGCACAGAGAGCAUAUUUCCAUGCUAAAGACUAUUAUCGUCAACUUGGCAGAUGCAAGAUAUUGUUCUGCCUAUGAGCUGCUAAUACGCCAAAUCAUGGAAGCUGCAUGGAAAGCAAAUGAGCGGACGCACUCCAUGCCCAGUUCGACUUCUUCUGAGCCUUGGGAGAUGCCGGUAUAUGGAAGCCAAGACGGAUUGGAUAUUCUUAUUCAAGACCAUAGUAUAUGGUGCCGCCACGGCAUAUCGUCGUAG